CGCCUCUCUUUACGGCGGCGCAGCUGGACGGGAGGAAGUGACAGCGCGCAACUCCCAACGAGUCCCGCGGACCUUUUGCGCGAUGAAGAAGUGAACGCGAAGGGGCUUUGAAACGCGGCGACGAUGAUCCGGACACUGAGCGGUUUGUCCUUCAGGGCUUCCGGGGCGGCGAAGGACUUUGCAACCAGGCGGCUGCACAGCACGUAUGAUGUGGCCGUGGUGGGGGGCGGCAUCGUCGGCCUGGCGACGGUCAGAGAGCUAAUUCUGCGACACCCGUCCCUCAGCUUCGUUCUGCUGGAGAAGGAAAAGGAGCUCGCUGUGCACCAGAGUGGGCACAACAGUGGAGUCAUUCACAGCGGGAUCUACUACACGCCGGGGUCACUGAAGGCCCGCCUGUGUGUUCGAGGAGCCACUUUAGCCUACGAGUACUGCGAGAAGAAAGGACUCCCUUACAAGAAAUGUGGAAAGCUCAUCGUGGCUUUGGAGCAUGAGGAGAUACCCAGACUGCAAGCUCUGUACGAGCGCGGCAUGAAAAACAACGUGCGGGACCUCAGCAUAAUCGACGCCAAGGGAAUCCGAGAACGAGAGCCAUUCUGCAGGGGUUUAAUGGCCUUAGACUCGCCGUACACCGGCAUCGUGGACUGGAGGAUGGUGGCUCUCCGGUACGGGCAAGACUUUGAGGAGGCAGGCGGCACGGUGGUUACGGAUGCUGAGGUCGACGACAUUACCACGGUUACCGAGAGCCCGGCCGGGAGUGCUGACGGAAUGAAGUAUCCAAUUGCAGUCAGAGACAAAAAGGGCAAUGAGGUCCGCUGCCGUUACGUCCUGACAUGUGGCGGCCUGUACUCCGACCGCCUGUCCCAGAUUUCGGGAUGCAGUCCGGAGCCUCGGAUCGUCCCCUUCAGAGGAGAUUACUUGGUGUUGAAGCCAGAGAAACACUUUUGGGCAAGGGGGAAUAUUUAUCCUGUCCCCGACCCUCGUUUCCCCUUCCUCGGAGUUCACUUCACCCCGAGGAUGGAUGGAAGUGUUUGGCUUGGCCCGAACGCAGUACUCGCCUUCAAGAGGGAGGGCUACAAAGUGUACGACUUCAAUGUUCGAGACUUUGCAGAUGCACUCUCAUUCAGGGGCCUUCAGAAGCUGGUAAUGAAGAACGUGACCUAUGGGAUUGGAGAAAUGUAUAGAGGGAUUUUCAUUGGUGCGCAAGUUAAAAUCCUGCAGAAGUACAUCCCUGAACUCUCGCUGAGCGACGUGCUCAGGGGUCCUGCAGGAGUUCGAGCUCAGGCUCUGGACCGCGACGGAAACCUCGUGGACGACUUUGUGUUCGACGGCGGCGUCGGGGACGUGGGAAGUCGGGUGCUCCACGUGCGUAACGCUCCCUCGCCAGCGGCCACCUCCUCGCUCGCCAUCGCUGAAAUGGUUGCAGACGAGGUGGAGAGUCGCUUCGCGCUGUAGAGCAACAUGGCAACGCAGAAAGCAAGAGAGUAACUCCAAAUAUUGCAGCUGGAGGUGGCUGGGUGAAUGUGCUGUUAAACUGUCACUUCCUCCGCAUCACCGUCGUCAUGGGGACUUUUUAUUUCAGGUCCAGCAUUAAAUUAGGGGGGUAAAAGCAACAUCUUUGGCUCGAUUACAUUUUACAGUUUUAUUUUACUUGUUUCUAUAAUGCCAAAUUUCAAGUAAUGUUUUUUUUUUUGUCUACAUGUUUAAAAAAACUCCCAUGUUACUAGUGAAAUUGUUGUGGACAAAAAGGUUCAGCUACCGUUAUAUUUUGGACACACUGGUUGUAAUUUAAGCAAACUUAAAGAUUUUCUUUUUAAAUGAGAGAUUUUAUAAUAAAUGGACCUGUAUUUUCUAGUCUUCCAACCACUCUGAGCGCUUUAACACGACAUGUCAUCAUUCAUACUAUUUCUUACAGUGAUGACGGGACACAAUCAGGACUCUGACUUCUUACCAGCAAGGAGACAUUAGCAGGUUAAGUGCCUUGGCCCUUUGUACUUUGGAAUCCAUUGUCUCUUUUUCAACUAUAUGAGAGAAAUUUGUCUUUUUUGUUUGAGUAUUGUAACGUCUCCUGGUUUCAGUUCAAUGUGUCACAAUCUUUUGAGAAAUAAAUCUACAAAAUGAAAUCUAUCCCCUGAAUGUAUGUGACCAAAAGAAAGUGAAUUGAUUGUCUAUGCAUGAAUCCAUCUGAGAAGACUGGGUGUUAUUUUUAUUUAAUUUUUUUCCUACAACAUUUUUGAAACUCAAAGUAUGUAGUUUAAGAAGUGUUUUUUACUUUGGACAGACUUGUCUGCCAAAUCAUUUGAGCAUUCAAAAAAUAAAAUCAACAGCUGAUGUUUGUCCCACGCGAACAUGGAAGUAAACAGAA